AUGACCCGACAAAGGUUUUACAUGAUACGUGUAAAUCUAGAUGUCGUUGACAAUCUUAGCGUAUCAGAAGAGGAACAAAAAAAGAAUAGAUUGUGGAUAAUACAGCCGGUAAUUGAUUUGGUUCGCAAUAGAUGUAAAGCCAUUGAAAGAAAAGAAAAGAUAGCUUUUUCUAUUGACGAACAAAUGAUUCCUUUUUUGGGAAGAUGUCCAGUUCGACAAUUUGUUAAAAUUAAACCAAGACCAGUGGGACUGAAGAAUUUUGUUCUUACGACAUCCGACGGACUGGUAUUGGAUUUUGAAAUCUACCAGGGCAUCACUACCCCACUAAAAGAUAGAGAUUUAGGCUUGGGACCCUCAAUAAUAUUGCAUCUAGCAGAAACAUUACCUCAAAAUAGUUACCUGUAUUUUGACAGAUACUUUUCAACUAUUGCUUUGAUGAACAAAUUGACGAGUUUCAAUAUAGAUGCAACUGCUACAAUUAUGUCCAAUAGAGUGAAAGGGUUUGAUUUUAAAAAAGACAGUUUAAUGAUUAGGGGAGAGUCAGAAGAAGUUGUUAGAACCGAUAAUAAAGUUUGCAUUACAAAGUGGAAAGAUAAUAAAUUUGUUUUAAUGAUAUCCACAGCUUUUGGAAGACAGCCGGAAACUGAGGUGCAUAAAUGGAAUAAAACAGAAAAAAAAACGUUCAGACAUAGCAUGCCCAGCUGUUGUUAA